AUGAUCCCUUCAGUCUCUCGGUUCGCGUUGCUUCUGGCGACGGCCGCUGCCGCUGUCAACGCAGCCGCCGACACUCCCACGGCGACGGCGCCUCCGCCGGCGUGUACGGCAACCUCGUCCACCACUGGUGGCUUCUUCGACCUGCGGCCAGAUACCGCGGUGUUGCCGCCGGAUAAUGGGAAGACGCACAAGUCGGGCAUUUACAAGGACUAUCACGCUCGAGGCUGGGACUAUGGCAAGAACUUUACGCUCAACAUCUGCGGCGCUGUGGUCGACCCCGUGGGCGAUGUCGUCGGAUUGAAGGAGAGCCAGUGGGCCAAUGUUAGCGCUUACUACACCACUCACAACAGCGUCUACUCGAUUGGAUCUCUAUCGCUGGACUUGCAUAGCCGGGGGAGAAAGCUGGUCCUGCAGUACACGGGCGGAUCGCCGUGUGGGGAGGGCAAGUCAAGCCCGGAUAACGAUGAUGACGAUUAUGAUUACGACAAGCGGGGUGCGAAACGCUACGACGAGGGCCUCUCAUCGCCUGGCCACGCCCAUGCGGUCGAGACGAUUGAUCGCGACGGCAGCACGUCCAAGAUUAGACGAAAGUCGGCUACAAUUUCUUUCCUGUGCGAUCGGGAUCCCGGGCAGACCACCGCGGUCUCAUUUGUCGGUGUCGAUCCCGAUGAGUGCUCCUACUUCUUUGAAGCCCGAUCCAUGUACGCCUGCGCCCACGCUGAGCCGCACAAGCCCGGCAGCGUGGGGCCCGGCAGCGUGUUCGGGCUGAUUCUCGUCAUUGCCGUGCUCGUGUACGUCCUCGGCGGUGUCUUUUACAACCGCACAGUGGCGCACGCGCGAGGAUGGCGGCAGCUACCCAACUACAGUCUGUGGGCCGGCAUUGGGGGCUUUUUCAACGAUAUGUUCAUUAUCUUGUUGUCAUCCUGUGGACGCCUCGUGCCGAGCAGGAGAGGCUACCAGCAUCUUGGCUCCAGCCGUAAUAACGAAGCGGAAAACCGAUUGAUAGACCAGCUAGACGAGGAGUGGGACGACUAG